AUGCAUUCCGCAACUCUCCUCGGCCUGCUUGCGGCCGCCGUGACAGUAUCGGCCCGUGCAUGCUCGGGCUCCGGCGCCAGCGAGAUCAAGUGCCCAAUCGUAUUCGACGGACGCGUCAAGACGACGACGCAGCUCACCGACUUCGACAGCUCCUCGACCUCGCAGUUCAACCCGGACUACGUCAAGGGAAAUAACUUGAAGUGGAGCGACAUCGUCAAAUUCCCCAACACGGCCAACGCCCACUUCGACAACGCCACCUACAAGCCGUUCGAAGUCACCAUCAGCGACCAGAGCAUCUUUCAGACCCAGUACGGGUUCCGCCGCGCCGGCCUGCUGUUCAAUGGCGACACCAACGAGGGCAGCCCCGGGUCCACGGGCGUCAAGACGAUUCACUUCAGCCUGAAGUGGGAUGCCCAGCGCGCCCUGAACCUGAGCCACGAGUAUCUGCUGGUGUGGCACGAGGCCGCUGAUUACAGCUCCAACCAGUUCAACUUUGAGGCCGGCGCCAUCCUGGGCCAGGCGGGCCUGCCCAAGGACACCUACAAGUUGCUAGACCGCAACAACAAGCAGGUCUGGUCGACGCCCAUCCUCAAGAAGGACUGGCAGAACUUUGCCGUGACGCUGGACUUUAACAAGAACACGCUUCAAGUGUACUACUCCAAGGGCAACGAGCCGCUCAAGAGCGUCACCAGCCCCGUUUCCAACAACAACGCCGGCGACGGCCAGUACCAGAUCGGCUUGCUCAAGAAGCCAACCGGCACCGACGACGUCGUCAACUCGGGCUACCAAUCAAACAACCUCAACGAGGGCCUCAUCUACGGCAGCCUGUUUGUCGAGGACAGUGCGACCGGUUGUGUUUCAAAGUAA